UUUUUUUUUUUCUUUUUUUUUUAAAUUUUCUCUUUUAUUUUUUUCCUUGUUACUUUAUUUUACCAGCUCAGAUUUAGCCCAGGAUCUUUUAACUGCUGCCAGCGGUGGAGCACAGAUCGGGAUUAGAUCUUUUCCUCCCCUGCUCCCAAGAUCCUCCUCCUGAGUGGCUACCAUGGGAAGUAAAACCCUGCCGGCCCCAGUGCCUAUCCAUCCUUCCCUUCAGCUCACCAACUACUCUUUCCUGCAAGCAUUCAACGGGCUGCCCGCUGUGCCCUCUGACCACCUUUCCAACCUCUAUGGCUUCAGUGCCCUGCACGCCGUACACUUGCACCAAUGGACUUUGGGGUACCCGGCCAUGCAUCUACCCCGCUCCUCCUUCUCCAAGGUGCCCAGCGUGUCAAGCCUGGUGGAUGCACGGUUCCAGUUGCCAACCUUCCCACUCUUUCCACAUGUCAUCCAGCCCAAACAAGAGGCCACCAAUGUGACCCUCAAAGCCAAACCCCGCUUUGACUUUGCCAACUUAGCAGUGGCUGCCACACAAGAGGACCACUCUAAACUGGGACAGGCAGACAGUCAGGGCUCGCCUCCGGGGUUGGGGUCCUUGCUUGAGGUGACUAAACUCUCUCCAGAGAAGAAACCCACACGGGGAAGGUUACCGUCCAAAACCAAGAAGGAGUUUGUGUGUAAAUUCUGUGGCAGGCACUUCACCAAGUCCUACAACCUUUUGAUCCAUGAAAGAACCCACACUGAUGAACGGCCAUACACAUGUGACAUUUGCCACAAGGCCUUCAGAAGACAGGAUCACCUGAGGGAUCACAGAUAUAUCCAUUCUAAAGAAAAGCCUUUUAAGUGUCAAGAAUGCGGGAAAGGAUUUUGCCAGUCCAGAACACUAGCUGUUCACAAGACACUGCACACGCAAGUAAAGGAACUGAAACCUGCCAAACUUAAGUGCUGAAUCUCCAACUUCUAUGAACUUUUCCUCCCCCUCAGACUUUACACCAAAACCAGAGCAGAAACAAAACUUUCAGGAUGGAAGCACUGAACUUGCGUUUUGUUUUUGUUUGUACUUUCAUAAGAGCAAAUCUGCACCACCACCUUCCCUGCCCAAACUAACUUUCCAAGCAUGGCUGAAAAGAUUAUUUUUGCAUUCAAAAUACACGCAAAUAAUGCAGGGAGUGCUAGAUGACUUUUGUGGCUUUGAUAAACUUUAUGCCAAAAGGUGGUGCUCACGUGUUGGACAGGAAUCUAAAACCAAAAAAACCCCACAA